AGCAUUCCCUACUUCUAUCUGUUUAUAUAAAUGCCAGUGUGGGAAUGCGCACACAUUCCAGGUCGGACUUCAGACCAUGUUUCUCCUCACCCCAGUCUUGGUAGCAGUUGUCUGUAUCUUGGUUGUAUGGGUCUUUAAAAAUGCCGACAGGAGCCUAGAGAAAAAGAAGGAGGAGGCUCAAGCUCAGCCCUGGGUGGAUGAAGACUUGAAAGACAGCACGGAAGACCUUCACGUGGACGAAGAUGCUGAGGAAUGGCAAGAGUCAGAGGAGAGUGUGGAACACAUCCCAUUCUCUCACACCCGAUACCCAGAACAGGAAAUGAGGAUGAGAUCCCAGGAAUUCUAUGAGCUCCUCAAUAAGAGACGCUCCGUCAGGUUUAUCAGCAGCGAGCAAGUCCCAAUGGAAGUCAUUGACAACGUCAUCAAAGCAGCAGGAACAGCUCCAAGUGGGGCCCAUACAGAGCCCUGGACCUUUGUGGUGGUGAAGGACCCAGACAUGAAGCAUAAGAUCAGAGAGAUUAUCGAAGAGGAGGAAGAAAUAAAUUACAUGAAAAGGAUGGGAAAGCGAUGGGUCACAGACCUGAAGAAACUGAGAACCAACUGGAUUAAGGAUUACUUGGACACUGCCCCAGUUCUGAUCCUCAUUUUCAAACAAGUCCAUGGUUUUGCUGCGAACGGAAAGAAGAAGGUCCACUACUACAACGAGAUCAGCGUGUCCAUCGCCUGUGGCCUCCUGCUGGCUGCACUGCAGAAUGCAGGGCUAGUGACAGUCACUACCACUCCCCUCAACUGUGGUCCUCGUCUGAGGGUGCUCCUGGGCCGCCCCUCACAUGAGAAGCUGUUGGUGCUACUUCCUGUGGGGUACCCCAGCAGAGAUGCAACAGUGCCUGACCUCAAGCGCAAAGCUCUGGACCAGAUCAUGGUGACAGUAUAGUCAGCCAACCCAAGGAGAUGCUGGAAUGCUGGGAUGACCCCCACUUCUUUCCUCCCGGGGCGGCUGGCACCUCUUACUCUCUGAGUCAGGUCUUCUAAAACCAGUGUACAGGGAAGGCCACUUUUCUUGUAGUGAUUUUUUUCAUACUUUCUAGAACUUUCAGUCCAGUAAGUUAUUUUUAAUGGACUGUUUUAGUGAAUAUAUAGGGCAAGAGGCCAAAAAGCAGGCAUACCUUAACUUCUCUACAAAAUUAUAAAUGAUUUUUUAUUUACAUAUAAAAGUCAUAAAGAAGUCACAUUAGAAAUUUUGCUAUAGUUCCUAAAGCUACCUAUGCAAUAAUUUUUAAUUUAAAUAUUGACUAAUCAAGUGGUCCUGCUCUCUGCUUUCUGGUGGCAUUGAGUCUAAGAAUUUACUAUUGAGAUCUAUUCUUUCACUAAGCCUCAUAGGGAUUCUGCCAAUUUUGAGUGAGUGUCCUUUAACAUAAGCAAAAUAUGACAUUCACAGAACCAGAGAGGCAUGUCUAACAUGCCAUGGAUGUAGCUGGCAAUUAUCUGAACAUGAGUUGCAUGGAGUGUGCUGGAGCUGGCUUGUGCUAGCACAUGGAAGAUGGUGGUUAAAUAUUCUGAAAUUAUACAACAAAGUAUUAAACCAUUUGUACUUUGGAAUUGUUUGUGAUGAAGGUGUUUACACUGAAGGAGUCAGGCACCACCAUAAGGCAGUCUCAGCCCCACAGAGAUACUGUUUACCACACACAGCAACAGCAAAGCUAUUUGGGACUGCCAUGGCUGCAUGUGUCCAGAUGGACUUUCCAGUCACCCAUCCCCAUCCAUGUGUUCCCAAGGACCUGAUGUGCAUGCCUUUGUUGUUGUUGUAGUGGUGGUGGUGGUGGUGGUUAUGGUUGUUGUUUGGGCUGUUCUCCAUGCAAUUCGUCUACCCACCUCUUCAGGUCACUACCAUGACCUCCUCCUCUUCCUCCUCCUCCUCCUCCUCACCUUCCUCCUCCUUCUUAUCCCUUUCUCCCUGCUCUCUCUCCUCAUCUUUGCACCUCAGCUGGACCAUUAAUAAGAGAAAGCUGGCGCCACCUCAUGUCUGGGAGAAGAAAGGCAUUUCUUUGCUCUGAAAUAGAAUGAGAAUUUACGAGAAGCAGCACGGUCAGCCUCGAGGUCCUUUGGCAUAUUUAUAAGUUCUCAGAAUCUACACAUAUCUUCAGUUUUCUCUGAGUUUGCUUUCCUUCCCUCCACCUGUGAUAAGUAUGGCCCCUGGGGCUUUACUGAAAUGGGGUUUCUUUUAAUGCUAUUGUGGCUUUGGUAGGGAAUGGGAACCUAUUGCUGUACUUCUUAUUGUUAUAGUGGGCAAAAUUUCUCUGGGUUCCAAAUAUCAGAAUAAUAAACAUACUUUCUUGUCACAGAA